AUGUCCGCUCGCGCCCCGGUCCUUCUGCUGCUCGCCUGCCUCCUCGGCUUGUACCUCCAUGCCGUCGACGCCGAAUGCUACCAAUGUCUCCAAGCCGACCCCAUAACCCAGGCGCUUUUAUCAAAGCACCCGGUGAUGUCCGAAAUGCUGAUUGGGGCCCGUUCUCAUGCAAGCUGCGAUCAUGCAAAGGAAGAGUGGGAAAUAUGCCCACGCACCGAGUGCUUCCACUUCAUCAUGGAAGUUCACGAACAAGGAUUGAUCUAUCAAGCAGAUGUCCGAAACUGCGUCCCAAAAGAUUUUUUGAAACAUCUGGAACAUCUGGAAGGGGAGGAUCCGGAAUUUUCCGGCACUGGAUCCACGAUGCAUAAGAAGAACGGAUCAUUGGAGUUCUGGGCGAUCGCCUGCAACGACCCCCUGUGCAACGGUCAGCCGGCGAACGAGAUGAAGCAGCAAGCUGUGAAUGGUGCCGGACAACCCGCGCUGCUGCUUGCCCUCUUCGCCCUCGUCAUCCCCCACAUUUUUGCUCAAUUU